CUGUGAGAAUGUGUGUCGUUUAUGCUGUGACAGAUUCCGAAAGUUUGGUCUGUAUUUACUUUCUGUAUUUUAAAACUCCACGGGCAUUACGCUCAUGCAGUUUGUAAAUUGUUUGUUUGAGAGGCUAAUUGCUUCUCUGCAAGACAAGCGACGCGCAACGAAGCGGAAAUUCGUCCAAACUCAAAAAAAGAGCAUAAGUAAUAAUUUGGCUCAAAAUCAGAUGAAAAUCUCACCGUGUAUGCCUGGCUUAAGAGUCACUUUAACGUGACUGAUAUUAAGUAUUAAUGCACAGCAAAGCAUUAAACAUCAGUGGCUUAUUGAAAAGUAGCCAAAAAAAAAGGUGGACCACAGCAAACACGUCACAGCAACUCUUAAGCACAUUAAAUACUUUCUGUAUUUUGAAAUGUUGUUUACGCUCCUCCUCAAAAGCAAAAGUAAAACUGGUAAAGCAAGAAGAACUUCCUUUGGGGAAUUACUCGAGAAGAAGAUAAAUACAGUGAGUAUCACAGCUUGGACUUACACUCUGUCUGAAAAAAGAGAGAACGAAAUCAGUAAAUCUAAACCCAGCUGUGUGUCAGUGAAGAGUGACCAGUCCGUGGAUGAACCAACAAACUUUAGGUCAGGAGACUCUGCUCUGAGUCAGUUUCCAAAACCCAGCUGUGUGUCCAUUAAGAGUGACCAGUCCGUGGAUGAACCAACAAACUUCAGUUCAGGAGACUCCUCUGCUGUUGUGGGACAUUUACCAGAAAAUGUCCUUCCAACCACUAGAAAGCAGUUGGACUCUAUUUUUAAGGAGCUUGAGCACAAAAGCAUUUCUCUCAUGAAGAAAGAACUAAAGAUGUUCAAGAAACUGCUGAGUCCGGAUUACCCAGAAUGCUCUGCAAGCGAGGAGGAGGAGCAGGAGGAGGAGGUUGGUCAGAACCAAGUCAGAGAAGGGACUCUGAAGAUCACACUGCAUGUCCUGAGGAAGAUGAACCAGACAGAACUUGCCAACAAUCUACAUAUAAAACAUGCCCCCUUUUGUAUGAAAAAGCACAAAUCCAGAUUAAAAAGACAGUUUCAGAGAAUCAGUGAAGGAAUGUCAAAUAAAGGAAACUCAAGACCUCUGCGUGAGAUAUAUACAGAGCUGUAUGUCACAGAGGGAGAGGGUGAAGAGGUCAAUAAUGAACAUGAGGUGAGACAGAUUGAGAUGGAAUCCAGGAGACCAGGGACACUGGAAACAAGAAUCGAAUGCAAUGACAUCUUUAGAUCCUCACCUGGACAAAACAAGUCCAUCAGAACUGUGAUGACUAAAGGAAUUGCUGGAAUAGGAAAAACCGUCUCAGUGCAGAAGUUCAUUCUGGAUUGGGCUGAAGGAAGGGCAAAUCGGGAUGUUCAUUUCAUAUUUCCACUUCCAUUCAGAGAGCUCAAUUUGAUGAUGGAGAAUAAUAUUACCCUGAUGGAGCUUCUUUAUCAGUUUUUCAAUUAUACAAAAGAACUCAGCAAAAAAGAUUUUGAUGACUUCAAAGUCCUUUUUAUCUUUGAUGGUUUGGACGAGUGUCAACUUCCUCUAGAUUUCUGGAACAAUGAUGUAUUGUGUGAUAUGACAGAAUCAGCCUCAGUGGAUGUUCUCCUGACGAACCUGAUCAAGGGGAAUCUGCUUCCUUCAGCUCUCCUCUGGAUCACCUCUCGACCAGCAGCAGCCAGUCAGAUCCCUCCUGAGUGUGUUGACCAGGUCACAGAAGUGCGAGGAUUCAACGACCCUCAGAAAGAUGAAUAUUUCAUGAAGAGAAUAAGUGAUCAGAGUCUGGCCAGUAGAAUCAUCACACACAUCAAAUCAUCAAGGAGUUUAUACAUCAUGUGCCACAUCCCAGUCUUCUGCUGGAUUUCGGCCACCGUUUUAGAGAGAGUGUUGAGUGAAGCAGAGAAUGCAGAGAUUCCCAAGACUCUCACUCAAAUGUUCACAUACUUCCUGGCUUAUCAGAUCAAACUGAAGACCCAGAAAUAUGAUGGGAAAUAUGAGGUGGAUCUUCAGCAGGCCAAGAAGAACAUCUUUUCACUGGGAAAACUGGCUUUUGAACAACUGGAAAAGGGGAACCUAAUCUUCUAUGAGGAGGAUCUGAGGCAAUGUGGCGUUGAUGUCACAGAAGCAUCCGUUUACUCAGGACUCUGCACCCAGAUCUUUAGAGAGGAGCUUGGGCAGUACCUAGGGAAGGUGUACAGCUUUGUUCAUCUGAGCUUUCAAGAGUUUCUUGCUGCUUUAUUCAACCUACUUUUUAUUUUUCAAGAUAAUGAAACUAAACGUAGCAUCACAGAUUUAUUGAAGAGUGAAAUAGACAAGGCCUUACAGAGUAAGAAUGGGCACUGGGACCUUUACCUCCGCUUCCUUCUGGGUCUCUUACUGGAGUCAAGUCAGACUCCCUUACAAGUCCUCCUGACACAGACAGGAAGUAGAUCUGACAGCAAACAGGAAAUAGUUAAUUACAUUAAGAUGAAGCUCAAGGAGGACCCAUCUCCAGAGAAAUCCAUUAAUCUGUUUUACUGUCUGAAUGAAAUGAAUGAUCAAUCACUAGUAAAGGAAGUUCAAAAAUACCUGAGCAGAAGUGUCCAUUGUCUCUCUGGAGCCAAACUCUGUCCUGCUCAAUGGUCGGCUCUGGUGUUUGUGUUGCUAAACUCAGAAAACGAUCAUUUUAAACUGAGUAAAUUUUGCAAAUCAGAAGAAGGUCUUCUGAGGCUGAUGCCAGUUGUCAAGGCAUCCAGAUAUGCUGAUCUAAGUGAUUGUAAUCUGACCGAGAAGAGCUGUUCAGCACUGGCCUUGGCUCUUAAAUCAAGCUCGUCAUGUCUAAGAGGUCUGGAACUGAAUUACAACAACAUGCAAGGUUCAAGACUGAAUCUGCUCUCUGAUGGUCUAAAGAAUCCACAUUGUAAACUGGAGACACUAAAGUUGUAUAACUGUAAUAUCACAGGGGAAGGUUUUGCCACUCUGACUGCAGCUCUGAGAUCAAACCCCUCACACCUGAGAGAGCUGAUUUUAAGCUGGAAUACACUAGAAGACUCAGGAAUGAAGUUGUUCUCUGAUCUACUGCAGGAUCCACACUGUAAAUUGGAAAAACUACAAUUGUCUCACUGCAAUAUUGGAGAGGAAGGUUGUGCUUCUCUGGUUUCAGCUCUGAGAUCAAACCCCUCACACCUGAGAGAACUGAAUCUGAACAAUAAUACUCUUGGAGACUCAGGAGUGAAUCUGCUUUCUAAUCUACUGAAGGAUCAGCAUUGUAAACUAGCGAAUCUGCAACUGGAAUUUUGCAGCUUUGGAGAGGAAGGCAGUGCUUCUUUGGCAUCAGCUCUGAGAUCAAACCCCUCACACCUGAGAGAACUGAACCUGAGUGAGAAUAAACUAGGAGAUUCAGGAGUGGAAUUGCUCUCCAAUCUACUGAAUGAUCCACACUGUAAACUGGAAAGACUAUAUCUGUGUUGCUGCAGUAUUAGUGAGAAGGGAUGUGAUGCUCUAAUCGCAGCUCUGAGCUCAAAUCCUUCACACCUGAGAGAACUGAAUCUGAGCAGAAACAAUACAGGAGAUUCAGCAGUGAAUCUGCUCUCUGAUCUACUGAAGGAUCCAAACUGUAAACUGGAGAAACUGCAGCUGGAAUUCUGCUGUAUUGGAGAAGAAGGUUGUGCUGCUCUGGUUUCAGCUAAGAGGUCUAAGAAAACACACCUGAAAGAACUAAAUCUGAACUAUAAUAAAAUAGGUGAUUCUGGAAUAAAGCUGAAUUCUGGUCUACAAAUGGAUCCACACUGUAAGAUAGAAAAACUACCUACUGACUCUCUCCUGAAGCUAUCUACAAAUGACAAACGAAAACCAAAACAACACUGCUAUCUGUCAUAAACAGGAAAAGCUAAUGCUCCCUGAUAUUUAGUUAAUUUAUUGGCCAUUUAAUGGGUGUAAGGAACAUACACUUGUUACACUGUCUUAAGGUAGGAGGUGUAUUUUCUAAAGGUCAGUCCCGAAGGCCAGGAUCAGGAGAUGUAAUUCAUAUUUACAUGAAGUCAUAUUUAGAAAGUAAUCAUCAAGUGUGAACUUACAUGAUGGAUGCUAAAUACUUUUGAUGAUGAGGACUUGACAGGAUAGGCUUCUCCUAAACCUCUUUUUAGAACCCAUCAGGUCUUGGUAAAUAAUGUUGGUAAACAAAUUUAGCUUGCUUUAGUACAAGUAAGGGACAGAGAGGUUUAAAAAAUAGAGAUGGAAAAGAAAAAACUACUGUGCAAGGUGAAAGAGAAAGAGAAAUAGCGCCGCUGCAGUAAUGGUAGUGAUCACAUUUUUUUUUAUUUUAAGCAUUUAUUAAGUUAAAUGAUAUGCAUGUUACUUAUCUAACUUAUUAUUUGAACCUGUGUACAGUUAAAAUACAGAAAUGUGCAAUAGUAAAUAGACUUGAUAAAAACACUGUGUGUGAUACUUAAAUAGCUUAGUGACACCCAACACUAAAAUGAUUUAAUUAAUCAAACAAGAGUUUUAACAUAAAGCCCUAAUGUACAGAACAGAUGAGGGAAAAAAUGUUGUAAAUUAUACUGUAAAUUAGUUUUAUUUUUUUUUUUACUGCCAAAACUACUUUAAGCUGUAUGUUUGAUAUAAACAGAAACUGUACAAUUACAUCAAUGCAUGCAAAUACAUUUAACUAAUACAUUUAUUUUAGAACUGUAUGCUCUUCUGGUACAUCAUUUCAGGUGUAUGUAACCUUGAAAAUGUUAAUAAUCUGUUUAAAAUGUAAUAAAGCAAAGAAAUUAUAACAUCACAACAA